CAGCUGCUUACAGCUUAAUAGUUCGUGCAAUCUACGAAGCUGAAGUACAAGUGUAUAAAUAACAACUCGCUCAUAUAAUUACGAGUACUAGAGAAGUGUUUCUUUCUACCUAUAUCGCAAACUUAAAUAAAAAUUUUGUGCUCAUUGCAUUUAAGAUAUUGUGGUAAAAUGUUAACGGAGCUUCUCUCUCAUGAGAAUUUAAAUAAUUCCGCAAAUACUACGCCUAGAUAUCCAUGUAAUCUUUCCCUAUAGUUCUCUUCAGUCAUCCACAAUGAAUAAGUUAUGUCGCCAAGUUUCCAUCGAAUCUCCGGGGCCUACAGUAAAAGACUGCGUAUUCAAUUUUGAAGUCCCUGUACCAGACGUACCCCCUUUUGGUGCCAGAUUAAGAGUAGUGUGUGCUGGAGUUUGUUACCGAAAUCGUAACAGAUCAGCUUCUGUUUCAUCAAUGUCUUCCAAUGCUUCAAAUCAGUCUUUAGAGGAGACUCCGUUUAGCCCUGCUCACCACGGAAUUCGGGAUGGAGCUCUUUUUCCGGGAUAUGAAGUAUCAGGAAUCGUAGAUGAACUCGGUAGCGAAGUAACUGAUAACGGUAACAUUGUUUUGGGACAAAGAGUCGUACUAUUUCCAUAUGAAGGUGUACCAGAUGGGUAUGCUGAAUACAUCGUGGUCCCACAAUUGAGUUAUCUGGUGCCUAUUCCUGACAAUUUGCCUUUGAGCGUUGCAGCCAUGUUACCCACUGGCGCUCUUCUGGCUAAAAACGCUGUCAUUGCAGCCCACGAAUAUGUUCUUGAAUUUUUAAAAGAAAGGCCAUCAGAUCAAGAUUGCAAAAUACUGAUUGUAGGAACUGGUGGCUUGGCUUUGUGGGCUAUUAGAAUUGCACAACAUCACUUCAAGUCUUUAGAAUAUAAAGACAGAGUUCAAAUCACAGUAGCAAGUCUUAAAGACGAAGGCUUCAAGCUGGCUAAAGAACUUCAUGAUGUAAACUUGGUUCAAUGGAAUGAAGAAGUGUAUGAAAAGCAGUUAAUAGAAAGAACAAAAGAUGCUUGUCGUGGACCAGUCGAUAUCGUCAUAGAUUUUGGUACAACUUCAAGAUCUUUACACAGAUCAUUGCAAUGCUUAAAUACAAAAGGUAUUGUAUUGGUAAAUGAGGAAGUAGCCGAACGUUUACUACCAAAAUUCUCAAGAUUAGCCGCUGAAAGGCAGCAAAAAAUUCAAGCCAUACAGAAGGGUACCAUUGAACAUCUUCAAGAGUUGGUGCAUUUGGUUGCAGAAGGAGAGAUCAUACCUCCACCCCACACAGAAUUUUGUAUUGAUGAUACAUCAAAGGUAAUUCAAAAGUUAUGUGAUUCAGAGAUACCUGGACGAGCCAUUUUGAGAUUUCAUAAUAUUCAGUAAAUAAGAUCCGUUUUUAAUUCACUAAUUGUAAGAACUGUUACUCUUUAUGUGAUCCUUUUUAAGUUAUUUAAACUUGCUGAUAGUCGUUUUUUAAAGUAUUACUAUAGAUUAUUCACUUUCUAGAUGUGAUGUUAGGUAUGAUUUUUUUAUUAUGUAUUAUUUUUUAUAAAUAAAAUAUUAAACAUA